AGUUACAUUCAUCGGCUCGAGGUGUUGCAGAUGGGAUAGAGCUUGAGAAGAGUUCUUGUGUGUCACUAACUGGCCAGAUGGGGACGUCACAGCGCUGAGUCUGUGUGCUGAGAGAGGUGGGGAUGGGAAAGACUUGCAGCCAGCGAGCACACAAACAGGAGGUUGCAACCAAGAAUCUGGAGCCUUUGGAAGGUAUAAUUAUAUAUACCAAACAACAGAAUAACAGUCUCUGCACAAAGGCACAAAGCCCUGCAGAAGUUGGAAGCUAAUCCAUGGACAGUGCAGAAUGGCUAGGAGAUCAGAAGGAAGUUCUGACUGAGGAAAAGAGAGCUGAGACAUGCAGGGUGGAGACCCCAGUUCCCACUGGCCCUUCAGAGUUGGAGAUGGCCCAGUGUGAGGCAGAGAUGGGCACUUUGCUGAAGGUCAUUGCAGAGCUAAACGGGAGGAUGAACGCCUUGCAAACUACCAGGGACUCGGUUGACAGUGCCACCUUGGGGCAGGAGGAGAGCAACAUUCCCACUCCAGGGUCUCUGCCCAAUCCAUCCUCACAGGGCAUUCCUGAGGAAAUGGAUUUACCCACACCUUCUGAGACUUCUGGAACUGAGAAUGAGGACAGUGCUCAGCUGUGGAUGGAACUGCAGGGGGCUCUGGCUGCUCUAGAAGGUUCAGUGAUUGAAGGAAGGACCUGGGCUGCCCCACUCACUGCCUGCAAUGAGGAAAAACACACCCAGCACCUGACUGCUGCUACAGAGAGCUGGGUCAAGGCCACACAGGUUCUGGAAGAGCUGGAGAGAGAGUUUGGAAUCUCGUAUCCCUCAGAACUCCCUGCCGAGGAGAAGCAGAAAUAUCAGCACAAUGUCCUGUCUUUACACAAACACAACUGCACCCUCCGUGCUACCUUGCAGUGCCGGGAGAAUGAGCUAUGCAGGUCAAAGGUCACACUGAACAGCUUGAAGGAAGAAAGAAACAAACUGCAGUUAAAGCUGCUUAGCCUUCAGAAGCACAUGCAUGCUGGGGGCAGCCCCUCCCCUCCGACCAGCCCUUCCAGUUCCUCAAGCGGAGCCAUGAGUCCUUGCUGGGCAUCCCCCCCUUUCCCUGGAUCCCCCUUGCUCCUAAGAAGGCCAACCGCUGCAUUUCCAGCAUUCGCCACAGGGGGCGACAGCACACUGCCCUUCUCUUCCUCUCUCGGCCCCCCAGUCUCCGGUAGCCCCAGCUCAAGUGUGUCGGGCGGCUUGGAGACAGAGACCGACCGUCUCCAGAGGUGUAUAGAGAGGCUGAAAGCAAGGAAUGAGCGCCUGUCUGCUGCCCUGGAGAGGAGGAAGGGGGAGUCAGAGCAAAUCAGCAUGACUCUCAGCAGACACGAGGCUAACAGCACAGCCCUGCAAAUGGCUCUGAAAUACAGUGAGGAGUGUGAAGAGGCCUACAAUGCGCUCCUAUGUCUGUAUGAUAGCAGGAAACAACAGGGCAUGCCAGAGCCCAGGGAGGCAACAGAGACUGUAAAAGAAAGCCCGCUGCCGAGGGAUUUAAAACCAGAAACCACAAGUCCAGAGACUGGGGAAUCUUUGCCCACUCUUUCACCACCAGGGGGUGCUAAGGAGGCUGUUGAGCACCAACCCAGCAGGGGAACUCCAUCAACCUUAGAGGGGCAGGAAAAGGUCAUUCGAGAGAAAAUCAUGAAACUGAAGCAGGACAGGGCAGCAGUGUGUGUCCCAGCACGGGAGCCCGAUGGAGAGCGGAAACCCAGCCCAGACACAGGCACUCUUCUUGGGUCCAGGAGUCAGGAAACCACCAGGCCUCACAGCAUUAAGAGGGAGAAGGCCGCUCUGCUGUACGAGCUGGUUACUGUCAGGGAGGAGAUGUCAGAGCUGCGGGGGACCAUCAGGCUGACGGAGAAAGAGAGGCGGUGCCUGGACUGGACGCUGACCACACAGAGGGCCCAGGAUGUGGCUGGGGCUCUGAUAGCUCACUGUCUGAGGGAGGAGCUGGAGGACAGACAAACAGACAGGCAGAGGUUAGCUGAGAGGGGAGCAACACUGGACUCCAGCAGGGGCAUCCCCGGUCCCCGAAAUCGCACCCUCCUACGAGAGCUCCAAGCAGCCCUGCAGCGGGAGCAGGUGUUGAAGAGAAGAGUGACAGCUGUGCGGGAAUCACUUGACACUGCUCUCACAGACAGUGCCACUAGGAGGAGGUACAGCGAAGAAGAGAGGGCACAGCUUGUUCUUGCUCAUAGCAAAGCUGCUGAGACAUAUCGGAGUGCACGCAGGAAGUACCGUGAGCAGCUGUGGAGGCUUGAGCGGCAGGUGACAGCCAUGUCAGAACGUCACAUGACCCAGAUCACCGGCCUGAAGGCCACACUUGAGGCCCUGGAAUGGAAGAGGGAAGAGACGGUACUGUGAUGGUUGCUCUGCACCCCCUCCCUCCCUCCCUCUCUUUCUCUCUCUCUCUCUCAGUACAGAUCUGUGGAUGGACAGAAAGAAACAUUAAAAAAGAAAAACCAUUAAAAACUGUUCAUAUUCUCCAACUGAAAUGAGUGAAAGUGCCAGAGCGUAGUGAAAACUUUAUUUUCACUAUUGUUUUCUACCCAUUAGCAAACAGGCCGGUUCCAAUGAUUGACUUUUGUGUAACAGAAGCUCACAUGAAUCGUGUAUUGCUGGAAUAUUGUGCAUGAAAACAACUGCAAUGCAUUAAAUUUUUAUGCAACACAAAAAUGUUCUGUAAAACAUUUUUUAAGGCAAGCUUGUUAACAGAAUUUAUGUUUUUUUUGAGGUGAAAUUACCAUUGAAGUUUACAUUUCAGCAGUCUUGUCCAUUCUAUAGGUUUGCUGUGGUGCAAACACAUAUGCUGCCAUCAAUAAUUCAUACUGGCUUUGUGGUGAAAAAAAAAAUGCAUGCAGAAAUAAGAGAGUGUUGAAAUGAGCGUGAGGUGACCCAGAGAUCUUGUCACCACACAAGCGGGAUUGCUGUUUACACAAAAGAAAGAAAGACAAAUCAAUAAUAUUACUGGAUGACACACACAUAUAGACAAAAGAAGAGAAAAAAAACAUCCCACGACUCUAAUACUAAUGGACUGAAGGGGGAUGGGGAAAGGAUAAUGGAGGAUGUGCUCAGAAAUUCCCAGCCUGCCCAUUUAUCUCUUUCCUUCAGUACCUUUGAAUCCCUCUUUCUGGAGUGGACACCCAGUCCCUAUCCCUUCCUCAUCUGGCUGCCAGCAGCUGUGACUCCUUUCCAUGGGUUACAGGGAAAGGGUCAAGUGUCAUACCCAUGGGGACACAGGACGCUCCAGCUCUUGUUUAAAAGUUUGAAAGAAGGGUUCAGAAGGCCACCCUAUACUGUGAGCAUCUAAAGGCCCUGACCCUCGCCUAAUCCUUCCCUUCCAGGAGAGGUCACUUGGUGGAGGUGGGGGUUGUCAUGGGGCAGCUUUUCUGCGUGAGAUAUAAUGAUGAUUAUUACCAUUAUCACAACCAAUUGUCUUCAUUAAUAUAUCAUAAUGGCAUUUUUGUGUUUGCCUCUCCAAAUGCUCCAUUUAUUUACAAGGCGCAUCAUAUUUUAUGGCAUAGCAUAGCUUAGUGUAUUAGAUUCAGUGUUUUUCUGUUGUGAGAAGUAAGAAUCUGGGUUAGGUAAAUUGUGUAUUAUAAAAGAUAAGGACUGUUUGAUACAGAAAUAGCAUUGAUUCUUUCACUUUUCAUUCUCUGUAGUAAACCAUGGUUCAGUUCCAAAGAUGGUACUGCUUUUGGGAUAGAAUUGCUGCUGUGUAAGCAUUAGAAAUUGUAUUAAUCUGUAUCUUAUGUUAUUAGCCAUUGGCUGGAUUUUAAAAGCUAAUUAUGUCUCUGGUUCACCUACACAAAAUCAGCUUAAAAAAUAAUUAGCAUAUUCAGGAAAGGUCAUGUCUUGUGGUAAUCCUUGUAUAAUGAUGUACCAGAUAGAAUUUAUUGAAGGAUUAAUGCAACCUUUCCUCCUACCAAAAUGAAGAUGUACGAAUGUGAUAUACUUGGCUUGGCUUUCAAACACUGGCUCGAGUUACUGCGCUCAACAAGGUGGGGAACUUUGCAGGUAUGUUACAGAAGAAACUAAAUACAACAGAAUAUCAUCAUCUUGGGAAACAAGAGAGGGAAGGAAAAAUACAAGAUUCCAGUGACAAUAAGGCAGCUUUUAUGGGACAAUGACAGGAGCUGUCAGAAUGAGGUGGGGGUAGUGAUGAAGAUGGGGUCCCCCUCCCCGCAUGCACACUCAGGGCCAUGACCCACAGGGUUAAGGUCACCUCAUUUACUCCCAGCCUCUCUUUCAGAUUGAAAUGAGCUGCUCCCGUGGGCUGUGGGAGGGGAUCACAGCCUCGGCCCUGUCCCUUGUUUUCUCACAGACAUCGGCUCUCCCACUUCUCCCUCUCUCUCCUGCGGGGCCGCUGGCCCUGACCUGGCGCUGCCCUCCCUUUCCCAGUGCGCCGUUCCCACUCUCAGGGGUCGAGACAGCGCCGGGGGUGAAAGGUCAGAGAGGGGAGGCGUUUAAGAUGUGGGCGCAGUUCGACCUCGAUCGCACACAAGCUUACUGAAAAAGAAAACAAGCAAAUGACAAGGACGUACACAAAGAUACUCUCUGAUAUGCACACAUUCCUGAGACUGAUAAAAACCUACUUUGGAAGGAUUGAGCCUCCUGAACCCUCCGGAGCCGCACCAGAUUGCUUUGAAACAUCGAGGUGUUUGGAGAGUGUGGACCUUUUCGUGAUGCCUUGCAACAAUAACUGCCCUCUCUGGGUACAAAGGGUCCCACGAGAAACAACCGUCUUCAAGGGGGCCUCUAGUCUCUUCACAUCCCAUCGAAGGACCCAAUUACCUCAUUGACACUGUUAAUGCCUUAUACUGUAAGAACAGGAUUAUGUGAAUAAGGUCCUUAAAGGCAAAGGACAUGGACAGGAGGGGGAUGGGGGAGGUAAGCGGGUUUUUAAUCCACUUAUGUCCAGAAAUACCUUAAUUAAGCUCAUUAGUGCCUAAUUGCGCCCACUUUAAUAUUCUUCCCCCUGUCUCGCCAACUCCAGGGAACGCUGGAGAGCAGAUUGUGGACUUAGGUUUAAAAAUGAUUGACACAAGGCAUCCUGUUUGUAGUCAUCCCCACUUUUUUUAAUGCUAUUCAUUUCAGACAAAAAAAGAUCAAUAAAAUGCUUUAAAAAUC